UAUUACCAAAGCUUCCAGCUUUUUAUUUUUUUCCAGAAUAAUUACAUAAUGGAUAAUGAUGUUUAAUGCAAAAAUUGCUCUUCAACAUGUUUUCAAACAAUAUAUAACGUUGAAAGCCACUUAAAUCUGAAGUAGUUGCAUAGAAAAACAGGAACAAACUAGAUAAAGUUUCUACGACUGUAGAUAUUGAUGAAUUAACUAUAAAAAAGAUUUCCCAAAUCUGACUGGCAUUGAUAUAUCCAUAUUGAAAACAAAAUGAUCAAUGAGAAAGUCGAUUUAAAUGAUGACGAAGUAGAGAAAAAAGGCCCAAAAUUUGGUUGUAGGCACGUCCAAUCAAUUUUACUAUGUUUCGCUUAUGUUUUUGGAAUGGGUACCCGUACAAACCUAUCCGUAGCUAUUGUAGCUAUGACUGAUAAUUCCACAAGUCCUAAUCCAAAAGUUCCAACUUACCAUUGGACCAAUACCAGUGUGAUGCUAUCCGCUUUCUUCUGGAGCUACAUCUCCCUUCAAGUUCUGGCAGGUUAUCUAGGAAAACGCUACGGACCUAAAUAUUUUCUUCUAGUAACGUCCAUUAUCAAUUGCCUUGCUGUUGGGUUAACCCCUGUUGCAGCUAGAAUGAACUCUACAGGCGUUAUUUUAUGUAGAGUGAUUCAAGGAUUGGCCCAAGGAUUCUUAGACCCUUCUAUUCAUGUGAUGUUAGGAACUUGGAUACCUAACGAGGAAAAAUCUACGCUGUGUAAUUUUAUUUUUUCAGGUAUAUCAAUUGGUACAAUAUUUGCAUCAAUUUUGACCGGAUAUUUAUCAGCCAGUUGGUUAGGCUGGCCUUAUUCCUUUUACAUUUUGGCCAUAUUGAAUUUUGUAUGGUGCAUUUUCUGGGGAAUCUUUGGCCAAAAUAGUCCUGCCUCGCAUCCUAGAAUUACCAAAGAGGAAAAAAAAUAUAUUCAAAAGUCUUUAAAGCAAGAAGUGGAUGAACAAUUGCCAACUCCUUGGAAAAAAAUAUUUACUAGUGUUCCAUUUUAUGCUACAAUGGCUGGAUAUAUAGGGAAUAUUCUUGGAUAUGCGUUACUGUUUACUGAAGCACCAACUUAUUUAGCUAAAGUUAUGAAUUUCAACCUCAAAGAAAUUGCUAUUUUAAACACAAUUCCAAUAUUAGUCUGUCUUGUGGUGGGACUCCUUAUAGGUCCCCUAUCAGAUUGGCUCAUAGCCAAGGGUUACCUAUCAAGAUUGAAUGCCCGAAGAACGUUUCAUGAUGUUAUGGUGGUGCUCUCUUCUUUGUAUGGCUCGGAUUUUUAAAUUCAUCCCAGCCCUACACCAGUAUCGUAGUUAUAUCGCUUGGAUCGGGAAUAUUUUUCUUCGUACUUGUGGGAAGCAACGUCAACCAUUUAGAUCUUUCUCCAAGAUUUGCAGGAAUAACUUUUGGCAUUUUGAGUACCGCUGGAGGAAUAGCUGCUACUAUUCCACCAUUGUUAGUUCAGUGGAUUGUAACGGACCAAACUAAAACUGACCAAUGGCGCAUUGUGUUUCUAUUAUCAGCGGGAUUUUAUGUAGUUGGGGCUACGCUGUUUUUCUUUUUUGCAUCUGCAACAAGGCAACCUUGGGACGGACCUGAGGAGAAAGAUACACCAGAAACUGAAAGUUAAGUUUUUAAGACUCAAAUUAAUAAUCUGUGAUUUAUAUAUAAUAAAGAAAUUAUUUAUUUUAUGUAAAA